GGCCUCAGCGCUUCCUUUCUUUUUCCGCCUUUUAGCGGUGAAGGUGCAACAGUUUUCGGUCGUCCCGAAGCCGGGUUCAUCCGACACCCUCACCAACCAAGCUGAACUGAGCUCAACCUCCAUAGCAGCAAAAUGCCGCCCAAAUUCGACCCCAACGAGAUUAAAAUUGUGUACAUGAGGUGCACAGGAGGAGAAGUUGGAGCCACCUCAGCCCUGGCCCCCAAAAUUGGACCUCUGGGUCUGUCUCCCAAGAAAGUGGGUGACGACAUCGCCAAGGCCACCGGUGACUGGAAGGGCCUGAGGAUCACCGUGAAGCUGACCAUCCAGAACAGGCAGGCAGCGAUCGAGGUGGUUCCGUCUGCGUCCGCUCUGAUCAUCAAAGCUCUGAAGGAGCCUCCCCGUGACAGGAAGAAGGUCAAGAACAUUAAGCACAGCGGCAGCGUGACCUUCGAUGAGAUUGUGGGCAUCGCUCGCGUCAUGAGGCCUCGCUCCAUCGCCCGGGAACUCUCUGGAACCAUCAAGGAGAUCCUGGGCACCGCUCAGUCUGUGGGAUGCACCAUCGAUGGCCGUCAUCCCCACGAUGUCAUCGAUGACAUCAACAGCGGCAAAGUUGAGUGCCCAGCUGAAUGAACAGGAUGAUGUUCUAAAAUAAAUAUUGUUUAAAAAAAAAAAAAAA